AUGGUGGAAUUGAUCAGGGAGCUGAAGCUAGGGCGCAGGGUAAACGCCAUGUCUAACAUUUCGGCACCUGAUUGGGAGGUUCUGAGGACCAAGGGGGCAGAUUGGGAUAUAUUCGACGGUGUUUUUACAUCAGCUGCUGCUGGCAAACGCAAACCCAACCUUGAUUACUAUCGCCACAUUCUAAAAGUCACAGGUGCUGAUCCAAAACACACAAUCGUCAUCGAUGACAAGCUUGAGAAUCUUGUCACAGCUCGAUCCCUCGGCAUUGCAACCAUUCUCUACGGCACCUUUGAAAACACUGAAAGGGCCCUUCGCAACUUGUGCAGUAACCCCAUCUCCAGUGUAUACGAAAAGUAACACACUCCCCAAAUCGGGACUGCGACACAUAGGGUCAUAACGCGACACAUAGGGUAAAUUGCCGACACAUUGAUGUGUUCCUCCUUUCUAAUGUGUCGAUUUUACAUGUGUUCGACACAUCUGAAUGUGUCGAAUCUAUGUCAUCGUGUGCCUGCUCAUCUGGCCAACUUCAGUUUCUUUUUUUUUAUUACAAGUCCCCCUGUCCAAGUCCUUCUGUACCCGGGUAAAUGGCAAUAUAAUAUGUAUUCCUU